GUAACGUCUGAGAAUUCGGAACAGCCAGGACGUUGUAUUUUACAUUUUUUAUUCACGACGUUGUGACAGUCAAGACGUUGUAGUAUCGACGGAAUUAUAACAGUCACGGUGUAGCGCCAGUCAGAGUGUUGGAAUAAUCACGACGUUGAACAGCCACGACUUUGGAACAGCCGCGGUGUUGUGACACAGGCGCUGUUAGUCUCGAUAAUGAAAUCCCUUGUCUGCAGCUGGUUGCUGGGGCUGAUCGAGACUCUAUUGGUGGUGGGCAGCCUCGACUACAACUACCACGACCACGACUUCAUAGAGCAGUUUCUCACCAACAUCACGCGACGUCAUCCCGACAUCACGCGUUUACACAGCAUCGGCAAAUCUGUGGAUGGUGCUAACUUGUGGGUGAUUGUCAUUGGUGAAAAUGCGUCUGAUCACGUGACGCUAAGACCACACGUAAAAUACAUAGCGAAUAUGCACGGAAACGAGGUGAUCGGCAGGGAGAUUCUGCUGCAUUUUGCCGAGUUCCUCGUCGACAAGUUUGGCGUGAAUCGGACGAUCACAGACUUCCUGAAGAGCACCACAGUCCACAUCAUGCCGACCAUGAACCCGGAUGGAUUCGCCGACUCAACAGAAGGAGACUGCUACAGUGUCGUUGGCAGAUACAAUCGACGAAAUUUUGAUCUGAACCGAAACUUUCCCGACUUUUACAACAAGAACAACCAGGUUAUCCAACCAGAGACGCAGGCAGUGAUCACGUGGCUUCAUCAACAGCAGUUCGUACUUUCCGCCAACUUUCACGGAGGUUCACUCGUCGCUAACUAUCCAUAUGACAACUAUAAAGAUAGUAGAAACCCAGCAUCUUCCAAGACCCCGGAUGACAAAGUCUUCCAACAUCUGUCCUUGGCAUAUUCGAAAACACAUCCCACAAUGCACUUGGGUUUGAGGUGCUUUAACUCAAGUGACGAGAACUCUUUUAAAGAUGGCAUCACCAAUGGAGCUGACUGGUAUGCUUUGAUAGGUGGCAUGCAGGACUACAACUACUUGUACGUCGGCUGUAUGGAGCUGACGCUGGAGGUGUCGUGUUGUAAAUACCCCGUCAGCGCGGAGAUACAGGACUUCUGGGAGGCCAACAAAGAGCCCCUCCUGGUCUACCUCCAACAAGUACACAUGGGUGUCAAAGGCCUCGUGACUGAUGAAAACAGAAACGCUUUACAUGGAGCCCACAUCACCGUGAAGGGUCGCGGAGACAGCGUGUACAAGACUUCCAAAUAUGGAGAAUAUUGGAAACUGCUUUUACCAGGGUCAUACGCUUUAAAGGUUUCAGCGCCAGGUUACAAAGACGUGACAAAACCGUUCACUGUUAAGUCAGGGGAGGUAACUCGCCUAGACGUCACACUAAACGUGCAAGCUCUUGUUAGUGGCGCAAGCGGUACACGUAUAAAUGCAAUAUGGACCAUUAUUGUUUCCGCGACCGCGGCGACGUUUCUAGCACAGUGGACAGUGAUAAGAACACCAUAAUAAAAUAUUAAUUACAAUUUAGAAAGCUUUAAUAUACUAUGACACAGGAACGGCGGAGCGGGGGGUGGGGGGAGGAGCGGGCUCUAGCCCCUUCAGUAAUUCUAAAAAAAAAAUAUUAUUGGUAGUAAAUCUUAAGGCAGAGAUUAAUUUUGCUUUAGAAGGCAGAAAAUUGCAUUUCAGGACAUCUAGUUUUCACAAUUUUACUUUACGGAGUAGCAUACCCCCAGAAACCCGUUAGAAACUUUGCUUUGCGCCCUCGAUCUUAGUCCCCCCCCCCCCCCCCCCAAAAAAAAAAAAAAAAAAAAAAAAGUCUACUUGCUUCCGCCGUGCCUGCAACACAUGUAUACAUUCCAGCGGACUAUCGGACUAUCGGUUAUUAGGGUCAGGUGCAUGUUAUUUUUUGUGAUAUGUCAAAUCCAUGUAUAUAUUUAGAUGUAACUACGUUUUUUUUAUGAUUGGUCAAAUGUAUGAUGAUGUAAUUAAUACAUAAUGUAUAUAUUAUUAUUAUGAUGUCAGUGUCUUUGUGAAUAUUUAGAUGUCCCUAGACAUAUUUAUGGUGGUGCUUGGUUAAAUAUGUUAUAAAAAUAACUACCAGUGUUUUGACAGAAUUUUAUGUUGAAUCCAUACACUCAUUCGUAUUUGCCAUAUUGCUAAAGGAAAAAUGAGGACAUUGAUUUUGUUUUUAAUAUAAACUAUUUAUUUUACACAGUAUUUCCACAAAAUCAUUAUUCAUAUAAAAAAAUAAAUUAAAUCUCACUUUUAUUCAGUUAUAUAAAUUAUUUUCAUCGUACUGAUUAUAGGAUUAUUGAACAUUAGUACAUUAUUUAAAGGACGUUUACACCAAAUGGCAAUCUGCCCCUUCCCUUUCAAAUAAAAUGUAAAAAACCCCAAACAUUUCCUUUCCCAAGCAAUUUACCAAUACCCCCCCCCCCCCCCCCCCCCCCCCCCCCCCCCCCCAAUCCUUAACUAAAUAUACAGAUGCUGUGGUAAGUCAGAAAUGGAUUUAUGAACGUAGCAUAGAUUUUGAAAUGAAGUUGAUGUAACAUAAAGGCUGGAUGCGGUCCGACUGUUGCGUCUGAUGCUCGAGUUGUGGGCAUAUAUACCAAUGCAUCAUACACUUCCUUUUUUUAAAUGUAAUUCGAUUUUUUUUAGUCGGGUCGCACGCACGCACCGCACUCAGUCUAUAUGAGUCUUAAAUGUUCACCUUUUCAGUCACUUUUCUGUCGACUUUGAUUACAAAAUAUAUUUUUUGUAUUACCAGUUCUUUUUGAAUACCAUUAAAAGAAAUACUUUUGCUCAA